AUGCAGCAGCGAUCCGAUUGGUCGAUGCAGAGCGAGGCGGUGGACUCCAGAGACUCCAUGGCCAUGGCUCUUUACUCGCAGUGUUUCAACUGGAUCAUCCGCAAGCUCAACACCCGCAUCCGAGGACGAGAGGACUUCAAGUCCAUCAGCAUCCUCGACAUCUUCGGCUUCGAGAACUUUGAGGUGAACCGCUUCGAGCAGUUCAACAUCAACUAUGCAAACGAGAAGCUGCAGGAAUAUUUCAACAAGCACAUUUUCUCCCUGGAGCAGCUCGAGUACAACAAGGAAGGUCUGGUUUGGGUGGACAUCAACUGGAUGGAUAACGGAGAGUGUCUGGAUCUCAUCGAGAAGAAACUGGGCGUCCUGGCGCUGAUGAACGAGGAGAGUCACUUCCCCAAAGCCACAGACUGCACUUUACUGGAGAAGCUGCACAGUCAGCACUCGAAAAACUCCUUCUACGUGAAGCCUCGAGUGGCCGUGCACAACUUUGGAGUCCGGCACUACGCAGGAGAGGUGCUGUAUGAUGUUCGGGGGAUGCUGGAGAAGAACAGAGACACUUUCAGAGAUGACAUCCUCAACCUGCUGAGAGAGAGCAGGUUGGACUUUGUGUACGACCUGUUUGAACACGUGCUGAGCAGAAACAAACAGGACACUCUGAAGAGCAGCAACAAGCACCGCCGGCAACCACGAACAAACAUUUAAUUUGUUUCAGGCCAUCUGCACUCCCUGAUGGCCACACUGAGCACCAUCCACCCCUACUUCAUCAGAUGCAUCAAACCAAACAAACACAAGAUGCCUGACCAGUUCGACCAGACGUUGGUUCUGAACCAGCUCAGGUACUCCGGCAUGUUGGAGACGGUGAAGAUCCGACGCACCGGCUUCCCGAUCCGGAGACCGUUCGAGGACUUCUGCUCCAGGUAUAAGGUGUUGAUGCGGGGGGUGGCGGUGCAGGAAGACCCUCGGGUGGGCUGCGUUCAGCUGCUUCAGAUCUACGACAGCAGCUCUGCUGAGUGGCAGCUGGGGAAAACCAAGGUGUUUCUCCGGGAGUCUCUUGAGCACCGCCUGGAGAAGCAGAGAGAGAUGGAGGUGCUGAGAGCCGCCAUGAUCAUCCAGGCUCACGUCACAGGAUACAUCGCCAGGAAGCAGUACAGGAAGCUGCUGCAGUGCAUUGUGGUCAUUCAGAAGAACUACCGGGCGUUUUACUGGAGGAGGAAGUUCCUGUUGCUUCGCUGGGCCACGCUCACCUUCCAGAAACGAGUCCGAGGCCAAAGAGCUCGCCGGGCCUUCAGCCAGCUGCUGGAGGAGAGGAAGAGGAGGGAGGAGGAGGAAAAGGAGAGGAAGAGGAGGGAGGAGGAGGAAGAGCUCUGCAGGAGGAGGGAGGAAGAGAUGGAGAGGGAGAGGCAGAGGAUGGAGGCUGAGAGACUCGCCGCAGAGGCUGAGGAGAUCAGACGACUUCAGGAGCUUCAGCUGGAGGAGAAGUUGGCCUCUUUGGCUCUUCUUCAGUCUGCAAUAGCAGCUGAAACACCACCCAGAACGGAGGGUGAGAUGGAGUCAGGAGAAACUGGAGAGGAUGCAUCCAAUCAGGAGGAGGUGAUCCGUCCUCACGAGGCCAAUCAGGUGGAGGAGAUCCUGCGCCUAGAGCGGGAAAUCCAGUCCCUCCAGAGGCAGAAGGAGCGUCAGGAACUCUCUCUGACCGAAGCUUCGUUAAACCGCCUUCAGCUUCUCCGGGAUCAGGAGCUCCGGCGCCUGGAGGACGAAGCGUGCAAGGCGGCGCAGCAGUUCCUCGACUCGCUGAACUUCGACGAGAUCGACGAGUGCGUGAGGAACAUCGAGAGCUCCUUGGGAGUGGAGGAAGAAGAGGAGAAGGAGGGUGGACGGAGGAGGAGAGGCGACGAGGAAGAGGUGGACGAAGGGUUUGGAGCGGACGAUGACGCGUUCAAAGACUCGCCGAACCCGAGUGAACACGGCCAUUCGGACGGACAGCGGACAAGCGGGAUUCGAACGAGCGACGACUCGUCUGAAGAAGACCCGUACGCCAAUGAUGGAGUAACCCCUCCACUUCCACCAACCCCUCUGCUUCACCCAGCGCUGCCUUUACUUCCAGUGCCUCCCAGUGCUUCAUCCAGCGGGGACUCAGCCUUCUGCCACCCCAAAGCUUCGUCCGAGGCGCAGUCAGAAGAUCUGGUGGAGCUCAUUCCUCCGGACGAGGACUCGGAUUACGACCAGGACGACUACGAUGAAGGCGCCAUUGUUUCCAGUGGCAGCGUGGCCUUCUCAAACCCUCGCAGUGGGCAGUGGUCUCCGGACUACCGAGGGUCUGUCGGCACCUACAACAGCUCAGGGGCGUAUCGCUUCAGCUCGGACGGGGCUCAGUCCUCGUUUGAGGACAGCGAAGACGACUUUGACAGGUUCGACACCGAUGACGAGCUUUCGUAUCGACGGGACUCCGUCUACAGCUGCGUCACGCUGCCGUACUUCCACAGCUUCCUCUUCAUCAAAGGCGGCCUGAUCAACACGUGGAAGAGGCGCUGGUGUGUUUUGAAGGACGAGACGUUCCUCUGGUUCAGGGCGAAGCAGGAGGCUCUGAAGCAGGGAUGGCUUCACAAGAAGGGCGGCGGCUCGUCCACGCUGUCCCGGAGGAACUGGAAGAAGCGCUGGUUCGUUCUGAGACAGAGCAAACUCAUGUACUUCGAGAACGACGGAGAGGAGAAGAUGAAGGGCGUGCUGGACAUGCGCGACGCCAAAGAGAUCAUCGACAACACGGGUAAGGAGAACGGGAUCAACAUCGUGAUGCCAGAGAGGACCUUCCAGCUGAUCGCAGAAACUCCAGAGGACGCCAGCCAGUGGUACAGCGUGCUGAGUCAGGUGCACGGCUCCACAGAGCAGGAGAUCAGAGAGAUGCACGACGAGCAGGCCAACCCCCAGAACGCUGUGGGCACGCUGGACGUCGGGAUGAUCGACUCAGUGUGUGCGUCAGAUAAUCCAGAGAGACCGAACUCCUUCGUGAUGAUCACAGCGAACCGCGUGCUGCACUGUAACGCCGACACGCCGGAGGAGAUGCACCACUGGAUCACUCUGCUGCAGAGAUCCAAGGGAGACACCAGGGUGGACGGCCAGGAGUUCAUCAUCAGAGGCUGGCUGCACAAAGAGAUGAGGAACAGCAGCAGAGCGUCUCUGAAGCUGAAGAAGCGCUGGUUCCUGCUCACACACAACUCCCUGGACUACUACAAGAGCUCGGAGCGCAACGCCCUGAAGCUGGGAACGCUGGUUCUGAACAGCCUGUGCUCCGUGGUGCCGCCCGACGACAAGCUCUUCAAAGAGACCGGAUACUGGAGUGUGAUCGUGUACGGCCGUAAACACUCGUACCGUCUGUACUCCAAGCUUCUGAACGAGGCCACGCGCUGGGCCAACUCCAUCCAGAACGUCAUCGACACCAAAGCCCCGAUCGACACGCCCACGCAGCAGCUCAUCCUGGACAUCAAGGAGAACUGUCUGAACUCUGAGGUGGUGGAUCAGGUCUACAAGAGGAACCCCAUCCUGCGCUUCAGCCUCCACCCUCUGCACACGCCCCUGCUGCCGCUGCCCUACGGAGACAUUCACAUUCACCACUCAGCUCUGAGGAGCUACACCACCCUGCAGGAGGAGGCUCUGAAGGUGUUCGGCUCCCUGCAGCACCUGGAGGGCGUGUCGGACCCGGUGCCGCUGAUCCAGGGUCUGCUGCAGACGGGCCAGGAUCUGAAGCCUCUGAGGGACGAGCUGUACUGCCAGCUGAUGAAACAGACCACCCGCCCCCCCGAGCCCGGCAGCCCCGGGAACAUCUGCAGCUGGAAGAUCCUCGCCUGCAUGUCCUGCACCUUCCUGCCCUCCAGGAGCGUCCUGAGAUACCUCAAGUUCCACCUCAAGAGGUCUCGAGAGCUCCUCCCCGGAUCGGAGAUGGAUCGUUACGCCGCCUUCGCCCUGGACUCCCUGAGGAAGACUCGCGGUCGGGAGAACGUCCCGUCGCAGGAGGAGAUCCGAGCCAUCGUGGCCCGGCAGGACAUGAGCACCACGGUCCACUGCCAUGGAGGAGGAUCCUGCAAGAUCACCAUCAACUCACACACCACCGCUGGAGAGGUGGUGGAGAAGCUGAUCCGAGGCCUGGCGAUGGAGGACAGCAGGAACAUGUUCGCUCUGUUCGAACACAACGACUCCACGGAGAAAGCCAUCGAGAGCCGCAUGGUGGUGGCCGACGUGCUCGCCAAGUUUGAAAAACUUUCAGCGAGUCCGGACGAGAGCAACACCGGCUGGAAGUUUUACUUCAAGCUUUACUGCUUCCUGGACACGGAGAAUGUUCCCAAAGACAGCGUGGAGUUCGCCUUCAUGUUUGAACAGGCUCAUGAGGCUGUGAUCCGGGGUCGGUAUCCGGGCCCCGAGGAAACCCUUCAGUUCCUGGCGGCCCUCAGGCUCCAGUACCUCCAGGGGGAUCACAACCCCCAGGUCAAAAUCCCCGAAAUGUCCCUGGUGUUCCCCAUGUCUCGGUUGCGGGCCCGUGUGCAAAACUCAGCCAAAACGUUCGCUCCGAGCUCCGUCAGCAGCGGCGGCGGCGGCGGCUCUUUAUCCGAACGCUCGGGAACGUCGGAGAGGAAACGCUCGAGCUUCCUGGAGGGAACGCUGAGGAGGAGCUUCCGGAGCGGAUCGCUGAGUCGGCAGAAACUGGAGGAGGAGAACAGCCUGGAGGCGUGGAUGAGGGAGGAGGCGGCGGCCGUGAAGACCUGCGUGAUGGACAAGUGGAGGAAGCUGCAGGGCAUGAACCAGGGACAGGCCAUGGUCAAAUACAUGGCGGUGGCCAAGGAGUGGCAGGGAUACGGAUCCACGCUGUUCAACGUGGAGUGCCGUGACGGGUCGUUCCCCUCGGAGCUGUGGCUGGGCGUGAGUCGGGAGGCGAUCUCUGUGUAUAAGAGAGGAGAGCCGUGGCCUCUGGAGGUUUUCCCGUACGAGCAGAUCCUCUCUUUCGGAGCUCCGCUGGCCAGCGCCUACAAGAUCACUGUGGAGGGCCGAGAGCUGGUGUUCGACACGCAAAUGGUCAUGGACAUUGCCAAGUUGAUGAAGGCCUACAUCAGCAUGAUCGUGAAGAAGCGCUACAGCAACUGUCAGUCGGUCAGCAGCCACGGCAGCCAGUGCAGCGCCUGGUGAACUCCGACCACCAUCUUUGAAAUCUCAAGACUGACUCUGAAUGCUGGAGACAAACCACAAUGCUCUUAACGAUAAUUAGCUAAAGUUAUGAUUUUGUCUGGUUUCAUUCCAAAACGUUACACAUCCACACCUGAGAGAUCAGAGCCUUAAACAGAGUUAGCAACCAUUUCAAGCUGGUUUUCUUUGGUUGCUAACUUCUUUUUUAAACCUUCGUAAUGCUGACAAACAAGUUAAGUUGAGUCGUGUAACCAGGAAUGAGUCCUAAAACCAGGGAAUGAGUUAGCAUUUUACCACUUCCUGUGCCCUCACCUGGAAGUCAAUGGUUUUCUGAAUGUGUUUUUGGUUGUUAUCCUGAAAUAGGGUCUGUGGUUAAGCUGAAGAGAUUUUUGUUCUACGACAUAAAAUACGUCACUGGUGGAUUUUAAAAUGGCGGUGUCUAAAUGAGACGACUAAACGUCAUCACGCCGAACAUUAGCCUCCUUUAGCUUAGCGGUGGUGACGUGAAGUCAUGUGACCGUGCUGUAGUUCCUUUAUAGCCCAACAUUAGCCUCCUUUAGCUUAGCGGUGGUCAAGUGAAGUCAUGUGACCGUGCUGUAGUUCCUUUAUAGCCCAACAUUAGACUUGAACGUUAUUAUUGGUGGUAAAUAUUGACAAUCUGACCACAAUAUCCUUAUUUCAAAGAUAAGUAGCAUUUAUUACAGUAAUUAAUUUGAUUCCUGAAGCUACGAAGGACUCAAACACUCGGCUCGUUAUCUAAAGUUCUGGGUCUAAGAUAACGCAACAUUGGGUUCAAGAGCGAUACCAAAAAAUAAGGCAAUUGUAAAAAGUACAUGACGGGAAUAACCUAUCAAAACUGUUCCUGGGAUUCUGCAGUAGCUGAAUAAGAUAGUAAAACAAAUUCCACUUUUGUCAGACCAAAGAAAACCAUCUGAGGGUUUCACACAACCGUAUCAUCCUCUCGUGAUUUACUCUAGAUGUGUGGAUGUGUCUUGUUUUGGAAAAAAGGACGCUCAUUUCUCCUGAUGCUAAUGUGCUGCGGCACUGCAAGGACUGUUGUUGCAGGAUGGUGCUUUGUGUUACUGUGUGUGUGUGUGUGUGUGUGUGUGUGUGUGUG